CCCAGUAACAGAGAUACCCCAGAGAGAUGUCCCCAUCCUCUGUAUUCCCAGAAUUGUACAGAGGAGAAUCACAGGAUCCCACAGGAGGAUCAGGUAGAACGUCUGUAUGAUAUUAAAAUAGAAGAUACAGAGGGAGAUGAAGAGACAUAUGUGACUGAUAUAAAGGCAGAAGAUACAGAGGGAGAUGAAGAGACGUAUGUGACUGAUAUAAAGGCAGAAGAUAUAGAGGGAGAAGAAGAGACGUAUGUGACUGAUAUGAAGGCAGAAGAUAUAGAGGGAGAAGAAGAGACAUAUGUGACUGAUAUAAAGGCAGAAGAUAUAGAGGGAGAAGAAGAGACGUAUGUGACUGAUAUAAAGGCAGAAGAUAUAGAGGGAGAAGAAGAGACGUAUGUGACUGAUAUGAAGGCAGAAGAUAUAGAGGGAGAAGAAGAGACGUAUGUGAUUGAUAUAAAGGCAGAAGAUAUAGAGGGAGAAGAAGAGACGCAUGUGACUGAUAUAAAGGCAGAAGAUAUAGAGGGAGAAGAAGAGACGUAUGUGACUGAUAUGAAGGCAGAAGAUAUAGAGGGAGAAGAAGAGACGUAUGUGACUGAUAUAAAGGCAGAAGAUAUAGAGGGAGAAGAAGAGACGUAUGUGAGGGGAGAUCAGCAGCGUAAGGAGGAGGAGAUCCCUACAGAUAUCAGCACAGAUGGACACACAAGGAGGAAUAUCACAGAAGGACAUCUAAUGUUAUCCCCGGAUUGUGACAUAAAAGAUGACAGUAGACAGGAUUCUCCAGGAGCUAACCCCAUUACCGCAAUUAAACAUCCAGCUCUAUCAGCUGAUCCCCCUGAUCCUGGGAAAUAUUCUCCUGAUCACUCUGAUAUUGGUGCAUCUGUUACAGCUCUGAGAGUAGAUACAGUGUUUCCCUGUUCUAUAGAUGCCAAAUGUUUUACACAGAACACAAAGCGUAUUACCCAUCAGCCAGCUAAGGCAGGUGAGAGGCCAUUUCCAUGUUCUGAGUGUGGGAAAUGUUUUACACACAAAUCAGCUCUUGUUACACAUCAGAGAAGUCACACAGGUGAAAAGUCAUAUUCCUGUUCUGAGUGUAGGAAAUGUUUUCCACGGAAAUCAGAACUUGUUACACAUCAGAGAAGUCACACAGGUGAGAAGCCAUAUUCCUGUUCUGAGUGUGGGAAAUGUUUUGCAUGGAAAUCAAAUCUUGUUAAACAUCAGAGAAGUCACACAGGUGAGAAGCCGUACUUCUGUUCUGAGUGUGGGAAAUGUUUUGCAUCGAAAUCAAAUCUUGUUACACAUCAGAGGAAUCACACAGGUGAGAAGCCAUAUUCCUGUUCUCAGUGUGGGAAAUGUUUUGCAUCGAAAUCAUAUCUUGUUAUACAUCAGAAAAGUCACAGAGGUGAGAAGCCAUAUUCCUGUUCUGAGUGUGGGAAAUGUUUUGCAUCGAAAUCAUAUCUUGUUACACAUCAGAAGAGUCACACAGGUGAGGAGCCAUAUUCCUGUUCUGAGUGUGGGAAAUGUUUUGCAUAUAAAUCAAAUCUUGUUACACAUCAGAAGAGUCACACAGGUGAGGAGCCAUAUUCCUGUUCUGAGUGUGGGAAAUGUUUUGCAUCGAAAUCACAUCUUGUUAUACAUCAGAGACGUCACACAGGUGAGAAGCCAUAUUCCUGUGCUGAGUGUGGGAAAUGUUUUGCAUUGAAAUCAGGUCUUGUUAUACAUCAGAAAAGUCACACAGGUGAGAAGCCAUAUACCUGUGCUGAGUGUGGGAAAUGUUUUCCACGUAAAUCAGAUCUUGUUACACAUCAGAGAAGUCACACAGGUGAGAAGCCAUAUUCCUGUUCUGAGUGUGGGAAAUGUUUCACACAGAAAUCACAUCUUGUUCCACAUCAGAAAAGUCACACAGGUGAGAAGCCGUACUUCUGUUCUGAGUGUGGGAAAUGUUUUGCAUUGAAAUCAAAUCUUGUUACACAUCAGAGGAAUCACACAGGUGAGAAGCCAUAUUCCUGUUCUCAGUGUGGGAAAUGUUUUGCAUCGAAAUCAUAUCUUGUUACACAUCAGAAAAGUCACACAGGUGAGAAGCCAUAUUCCUGUUCUGAGUGUGGGAAAUGUUUUGCAUCGAAAUCAUAUCUUGUUACACAUCAGAGAAGUCACACAGGUGAGAAGCCGUAUUCCUGUUCUGAGUGUGGGAAAUGUUUUGCACAGAAAUCAGAUCUUGUUACACAUCACAGAAGUCACACAGGUGAGAAGCCGUACUCCUGUUCUGAGUGUGGGAAAUGUUUUGCAUGGAAAUCAGUUCUUGUUAAACAUCAGCGAUUUCACAAGUGAGAAUCCAUUUUCAUGCUGAGAGAUAAAUAAAUCUGCUCUUGUUGAACAUAUUAGACAUUACCCAAGCACGGAACCAUUUAAAUCUUCUGGAGUAUAAUUAUCACUGUCGUGCAUGUUCCUCAAGGGUCAAUCCUAUCUCCUAUGCUUUAUAAAAUAUACAUGCUACCAUGGGUUAUAUAAUCAGACAUCAUGGCCUGGUCUACCACUGCUAUGCAGAUGACCUGCUUUUUGCUCCAUGUACUGAGAACCUAAUACCAAUCCUAAAUGGUUGUCUAGCUGAGCGCCAGGGGUUGAUGAUGCCAGCCCAGCAUUACAUGGUCCAAGGUACUAGAAGCAGCUUCUGCCUCCUUACUGCCCCGCUUGCUUACUUCUAAAGAUGAAGGACUGUUACCAGCAGUACCAAGAAUCCUCUGUCAUUCAUUUAAGGGUUGAACGUUUAGCUUUGCAGCCCUGACCAUGGAACUCACUGCCUUGCACAGUCCAAGAGGCCUCCAAUCUAGAGACCUUCACAAGCAGACUGAUGACUGUUACUCACGCUUUUCAUUAAUGUACCUCUAUUUAGUUCCUAAAUAAAACAUUCCAAAUGCUUA